UAAUUUCUCCCAGACAAAAGAUUUCCGUUGUCUCCGAACAAACAUGGGAGCUCUAUCAUAUCUAUUCCCUCUCUCACUCUCUGCUGCACCCAAACCACCACCCCAUCACUUUGUUUCCAAAACCCAUUUUUAUAACCCUAUUUCCUUUCCUACUUUCUCUUCAAAGCUUCGAUUCAAAACGGUGGCUUUUGGAGGGAAUCCAGCCGACUCCAAACAGAACGAGCAUCUAUUCUUGGACGAAAACGGUGUCGUUGAGGACAUGGAUGGUUAUCUCAACUACCUAUCUCUCGAGUACGAUUCCGUGUGGGACACAAAGCCUUCCUGGUGUCAACCAUGGACAAUUACACUUACUGGAAUGUUGGUGGUUGCCUCUAGCUGGCUAAUUUUGCACUCUGUUCUGGUCACAGCUCUUGCAACUGUGGGGAUAUGCACAUGGUGGUACAUCUUUCUGUAUUCUUAUCCUAAGGCUUACGUGGACAUGAUAGCAGAGCGACGAGAGAGGGUGACGAAUGGUACAGAAGACACAUUUGGUAUGAGGAAGAAUCAAUGAUUUUCAGAUUCUCUGGUUUUACAUAAUUUGUGCAGUUAUGACUUACAAAACGAAGAUGUUUCACAUCAGUAAAUACUGAGUACAUUUCACUCUUUAUUCUUUUUCUUAAGCAAGUAAGCAAACUAAGGUAAAGCUUUCUUUUUCCCCCUAUGGGUAUUCGUACCA